AUGGCUACCAUUCCCGCGACGCAAGUUGGAGUGCCACGUGGUGGCUUGAAGGCGGACGCCAAUGCCGAGCAUGUUGAGCAUGUCGAACACAUCGAGCGUGCUGCUAACCAGACUACCAAUGCUUCCAACGCUAGCGACCUGAAGAACAUUGAGACAGUAGGGUAUGUCGUGGAGGAGGUCAACGCAGACUUCAAGCUCGUCCCAGUCAUACUCGACGAGAUCCGACCCAAUGAGGUUUUGGUAGAGAUGAAGUACAGUGGCGUCUGCCACACAGACGUCGUGACCCAGAAGGGAGGCUUGCCCAUGAUUGAGUUCCCAGCCAUCUUCGGCCAUGAGGGAGCUGGUAUCGUUCGCGGAAUCGGCAAAGACGUCAAAAUCAAGGAUCUGGCUUUGGGCGAUAACGUCCUGCUGUCCUUCACGAGCUGCAACGCAUGUGACACUUGCGCCAGUGGCCACACGGCUCUUUGCCCAGAAUCUUCGAAACUCAACAUUGGAUCCGUCCGUAGCGAUAAGAGUACCCCGGGAAGGCUCGCCGACGGUCGUUCAGUGAGAAGUCAGUUCUUCGGGCACUCGUCUUUCUGCAAAAUGUCUGUCGUCAACGGUCAAUCAGUCGUCCGUUGCCCGGAAUCGGCAGCAGCAAGCAUGGAGGUUUACGCCCCACUCGGAUGCGGGCUCCAGACCGGCGCCGGAACUGUCUUGAAUAUGAUCAAGCCAAAGAAGACAGACUCCAUUGUCGUCUUCGGCCUGGGAAGCGUCGGUCUCGCUGCUCUGAUGGCGGCGAAGUACUUGGAGGUGGGCCAGAUCAUUGCCAUCGACAUCGUACCCGGCCGUCUCGAGUUAGCCAAGGAGCUUGGAGCUACUCACACCUUCAACUCGAAAGAGAGCUCAGAUAUUGUUCGUGAUAUCCAGAAGGCUACCGACGGAGGUCCCAUGUAUGCGAUCGACUGCACCGGCGUUCUGAAGGUCAUUGAGGACAUGAUUGCAUGCGUCAGGCCUCUUGGUACUGCAGUACUUGUCGGCGUGCCACCGCCAGCGGCUGACAUCAAGAUUGACGCACAGGCGUUCUUGUUGGCAAACAAGCGACUCAUUGGUGUCAUUGAAGGCGACUCAUACCCCCCAGACUUCAUUCCAAAGUUGAUUUCAAUGCACCAAGAGGGAAAGUUUCCCAUUGACAGGCUAUGCAAGACGUACCCGGCCUCUGAGCUCAACCAAGCAAUUCAUGACAUGCACACCGGCCAAGUUAUCAAGCCCGUAAUUCAUUGGACGUGA